UGGGUUGAAAAGAACUCGUCUGGAGCAAUUGUUAUCGGAAACAGCAGUCUGCCUCAAUGGAAUGGAAAAUAAUGUUUUGUCAAUCAUUAAUGAAGAUUUUCCUGACGUUAUGCAAACGUUAGAAGAACGAAUCAAGAGACUACAGCAAAGAGAUUAUUACAUCUUGGUGGCUGGAGAAACAAGUUCGGGAAAAAGCUGUCUGAUAAACUUGUUGCUUGGCGUGGAGCUGCUUCCUUACUCCUGUCUCAGUACAACAUCUACAAUAUGCGAAAUAAAAUACGGAAUCGAUCCCAAACUUGUGGCACACGGCAAAGGUACCAGCAACGAUUCAGAAUCCUAUCCACCUUUGCCGCCGAAAACGGUGCGUUUGAAAGAGCCUGACGUUUGUGAUAAAAGCUACAAAGCACAAAUUGCUCCUUACGUACACAAGAAGAAGGACAGGGGGAAAGGAACCUCGUAUGAAAAAGUGGAAAUUUUCUGGCCGAAUGAAUUGUUACAGGUCGGCGUUGUCAUAAUCGACAGCCCAGGUGUUGGCGAAUCCGAAAUAAUGGAUCAAACUUUGAUGAGUUACCUGCCAAAUGCUUUUGCAUUCAUCUAUGUCAUAAAUAGUACAAAUGCUGGUGGAAUACAAAAAGACAGGUUGGUAAGAAUAUUGGAUAAAGUUCGAAGUCUUGAAUCUUCUGACGAAAUGAAUUCAAAUCAUUUGGCCGAGUGCGCUCUUUUCGUUGCCAACAAGUGGGAUCAGGUGGACAAAGAUGAACAGGCUGAGGUGAAGCAACAUAUUGUGCAGGAACUGAAGCAGUAUUGGCCAGACGGUAAUCCUCUUGAACAAACGGUUUACGUCUCCACUAAGGAGGCACUAGACAAGCGAAGGCAAGGUAAAAGAAGCGAAGAAUACGAUGCUUUGAUUGAAGGGAUCAAGUCGAUGGUUUUGAAAGCAAUCAACAGCAGACUAAUCAACCAUUGGGCGUGGAUGAAUCUGGUUUUGAAUCGAAUAAUAUUCAGGAUUGAGGGAUUUAAUCAAUCGAUGUUAGAAAACCGCGAUGCACUUAUCCAGCGAAUGAGUGGAAUUCACGGACAGAUUACGACGCUGCAAAACGCACGUCAGGAAGAUAUUGCUCAGCUGGAGAAGAAGUUUGCAGCUGAAACAGAAAUCCUCGUUGAUGCGCUCUACGAAUAUCUUUCUUGUCCGGAAUUUAAAGCGAGUUUUACCUCUUGGUACGACGACGAGAUUCCUGGCGAUGAGAAAACGUGGAUAUUGACGAAAGCCAUGAUUGUCAGCGCUUUAGAGAAACGAUUUGAAACGUUUUUGGCAAAUUGGGAAGAAGCGAAUGGUGUCCACGCUAAAGUACACGAUGAGCUCGUCGAAUGUUUUCAAACCAAAUUUCGGCUCGCGGAGGCAGAAAUAAAGGACAUAGAGGAAGUGAUACACACCCGACAAUCACAAGCUAGUUCAGAAUCGACCGAGAAAGGAGAAAGACCUGAAUUCGAUGUCACGCCAAAGUUUAUAAACGGCAAGAAAUCUCCGCUGUGGAUCACUGUUGGUGUUGCGAGUUUGAUUGUGACGAUGCCCUUGCAUGUCGUAAAGAAAGCGCGGCAAAGCAUAAGUGAAAAAAUGAGGAUGGACACGUACCGAAAGGAUAGAAUGGCGUAUUUGAUAAAACGGUCUAAAAAAUUUUUAGCUUCGAGAUGUGCGAAUAAAGAUCAAGUACGCGUCUUCGUUAAAGAACAGAUGCACCUGGCAGAAGCCAUGUUGCAAGAGUACGUCUCCAGAAUUCCGAGAAUCCUCGAAGCAAACAGAAGGAUGGCGUUGGAACUGAUGAAUGAAACUAGAUCGAAGGAUGAGGUAUGGCGGGCAAACUCGCCCAUUUUUAGAAAAUGUAAGGAAUUGCAAAGAAUGUUAUCUUUAUUCGGUAUCCUCAUCUGGUCCGGAACGGUCAGAGCCGAGCGUCUCAACUGGAGUGAGGAUGAACAUUGUUGUAUUGGCCUGGGGGAAUUUUCCUCAGUAUACACGGGUAUUUUGACCAAAAUCGACCCAGGUAUUUCCGAAGAAGGCAGUCCAGCGAUCGUGGCUAUUAAAGUUUUUAAACAACCGCUUGAUAGCGCCAAUGCGAAUUAUUUUCUGAAAAAUGAAGCAAAGAUAAGGGAUUUGGAACACGAAAACAUUUGCAAGUUCCUUGGAGCUUUCAUCUUAAAGGACCCUACUUCACAAGCUGUAGAAGAUAUCAGGAUAGCAUUGGUCAUGACCAUGUACCAACACAAUCUUCGAAGUGUGAUCUUUAGCCGUAAUUUUACGCCACCGGUUAACGCCAUAGCGACGAAACGUUCUACAAUCAUGCAAUUUCUUGAGUGGGCGAUGCAAAUCGCUAACGCACUGACCUACAUACAUUGCCUGAAAUUAGUCCACAAGCAUCUGACACUGGAAAACAUAUUGGUCGGUCCAGACGGAUGUGUUAAGGUCUCUGACAUUGGGAUUAUCGGUCGAAACGAGCCGACCCAAUAUAAUAUGAUUUACACAGCACCGGAAGUACUUCAAUCCAACAGCUACGUAUACAGCGCUGGAAGCGACGUUUACAGUCUGGGUCUUGUGUUCUGGGAAAUGUGGCAUGGUAGCCAGGUUUUCUCGGAAAUAUUGCCUCUGAACAAAUACAAUUUUAUGGAAAAGGUAAUCUCCGGAUAUCGCCCUCAAAAACCCGGCUGCAAGAUCAGGAUGCCUGAAGUUAAAGAUAUAAUUGAUCAAUGCUUGUCGGGAGAAAUAGGCAUGCGCAUAACAGCAUCACGCUGUUACAGUUAUCUUGUGACUGCACAGGAAAAACUUCAAACAGAAGAAAAUGACUAG